AUGGCGUAUAUAUACUCCAAGCUCUCGGACUUCUGGACCAGCGAUGAUGAAGAUGACGAGGAGGUGGACGCAACGGAGGAGGAUGUGCCAAGUAUGGCGAACGGGGCGAACGCGGCGAACAUAGGAAACGCUGCAGGAGGGAUAGCAAACUACACCGACAUGGCGUACGACGCGGUGAAGAGAUUGAGCGACCCUCUACUCGACCCGAACAACGAACUGUGCAGUUAUGCCCUUGAAAACGACGACGAAGCCCCCUUCGAAAAGAGAGAACAUGUGGGGCCCAAUGAUACAUAUUACGCAGACAGUAGCCCCUUCGCAAAUGUCAUGGACAGUGGACUUAGCUUUAACAUAAACGAAGUGAUGAGCGGACUCACCAACAACGUAGUAGACAAUUUCUCCAUCAAAAGUAUGGUAGAAAAAUAUGACCUUAGUAACUUUAUGUACAACGAUACUUUAUUAAAAUAUUGCGAGGCGGGAGUAGCAAUAAAUGAUGAUUCGGCAUGCAGGGAGAAGCUUUCCUUGAAUGAGAAUUUCCACUUUAGUUCCUUUGGCCCUGUGGAAUAUGUAAGUCCGCCGUGCGGUAACGUGAAGGGGGGCGCCGAGGGGACUCCUGCUCAAAAUGCAGUGGAGAACAUAAUUGACGCGAGCGUUGAGGAGGACACGGCGGGAGGUUUAACAGAAGAGGCGAAGUUACCCGAGAGUGAGGAGGUCACGGUAGAUGCCACUCCAUCAGUGGCGAUGCAAACCCAACCGGAGGAACGUGGUGCUGAGGAAGCCCCUACCGCAGACGAUAAAGCCAACGUAAAGUACAUAAGGAAAAAAUGGGUGAUAGAGGACAACCAUUCUGACGUCACCAACUUCAGCCAAAAUGAUCUUCUCUUAAGCUACGAUUUCGAACUAGAUGAUUUUCAAAAGAGGUCCAUAAAACACCUGAACAAUUUCAAACAUGUAUUCGUAGCAGCGCACACAUCAGCAGGAAAAACUUUAAUAGCAGAACAUGCCAUCGCCAUGUCUAUCAAGUUAAACAAAAAGGCAAUAUACACCAGCCCCAUAAAAGCAUUGAGUAAUCAGAAAUACCAUGAAUUUAAAAAUAUUUUUAAAAGUGUAGGUAUAAUAACAGGAGAUAUAAAAAUGAAUGUUAAUGCUAACUGCAUAAUUAUGACCACAGAAAUUUUAAGAAAUUUACUUUAUAUAAAUGACAAUAUAAUUAACAAUAUACAUUGCGUCAUUUUUGAUGAGGUCCAUUAUGUGAAUGAUAAUGAAAGGGGUUUUAUAUGGGAGGAGUCUAUCAUUAUGUUGCCUCCUCAUGUUCAAAUUUUACUACUUAGUGCUACGGUGCCAAACUAUCUCGAGUUUGCUGAUUGGGUAGGAUUUACAAAGAAAAAGGAAAUUAUUUCCAUCUCCACGAAGAAGAGACCCGUACCGCUGCUGCAUUACAUUUAUGCCUACGAUUCCAUCUUUCAAAUUAUGGACGAGAAGAACAAAAUUUACUCCUCUGCUUUUAAGGAGAUAUACACCAAGGUUAGGGAGAAGGAGCAGGCUAGCAACGCAAUACACGGUGGGCAUGCUGGUCAUGGUAGUGGUGGCCACGCCAAACAGGCGCCAAGUGCGAAGAAAAACUACCCCGAUGGGAAGAAUAAGCAGCAAGGAGGAACGGCCACAAGUACUCCUACAAAUAAUAAUCAACCAAUUGCAUAUAACGAGUACUGUAAACAGAAAAGAAGACAAAAACUAUUUGCAAACGAAGCAAAUAUGAAAACGGAAAUACAAAAACUUCAGGCACUUAUAAAAAAAUUAGAACAAGACAAUAAAUUGCCAGUAGUCCUUUUCUGUUUUUCAAGAAUAAAGUGUGAAACAUAUGCCAAGAGUAUGCCCCAUUUAAAUUUCCUACACAACAAGCACAAGUCCAAAGUCCAUUUGUUCAUUAAAGAAUCGAUAGCAAAAUUAUGCACACAGGAUAGAGAACUCAAUCAAAUUAAAAUUUUAACAAAAUUGCUUGAAAAAGGAAUUGGAAUACAUCACAGUGGGUUACUUCCUAUAUUGAAAGAAAUUGUGGAGAUACUUUUUUCAAAAGGGUUAAUUAAAAUUUUGUUUGCAACGGAAACCUUUGCCAUGGGAAUUAAUAUGCCUGCCAAAUCUGUUGUUUUUACUUCUAUUUAUAAACAUGAUCAAUUGAAGAAAAGAAUUCUCACAUCGUCAGAGUACACACAAAUGUCUGGUAGAGCAGGCAGGAGAUGUUCCGACAAGUACGGCUAUGUGUAUAUCUACUGUCCAGAUAAAAUUCCAGACCAGGUUCAGCUAACCGAAAUGCUCAUGCAAAAAGCAGUCAGCUUGAAAAGCAAAUUUAAGGUCACCUACAAUAUGAUCUUAAAAUUGCUUAUCAAUAAACAAAUAAAUAUUGAAAAAAUGCUCUUCAGCUCAUUUUUGGAAAGUUGUAGAGCUGUUCAAAUUCCUCUCUUUAAAAAAGACUUGAAGAGAAAAAAAAAACUUUUGCAAAAUAUAAAACAAGUGCAGUGUAUCUAUGCGAAUGAUGUUAAUUAUGUCUCGCCAAUUGAGAACUAUGUACAGAUUGACAGCAAGCUUAAACACAUCGGAUUGAGUUUACACAGAAAACUAUUCACCACCAAGAGCAGCAACUCCUUCGUCAUCGGGAGAGUUAUGCUGCUGAACAAUAUCGCCACUCUGCACAGCUCCAUCUACGGCGUUUACCUCGGGUGUGACAAGAGUAGCAGCAAAAAAAACGAAAAGGUGGACUUUGCUCCGAAUAGCAUUUUUUUUCAGAACUACUCCGGACCAGGGGAGGAGUCCAAUGAGAGAUUCUUUUUCCUCUUUAUCUUACCCGACUUCAUGACGUAUGAAGAAUUUCUGCAAAAAAUGGGGAACGGGGCUGCAGGGGAAAACACCCCCAAUGGGGUGAAGCGGCUCGCACAAAUGAAUCGCUCUCCCAUGAUGCAGACGAACAGAUUGACCCAUGAAAAUGUAAACAUAUUCGACAAGUAUAGAAACCUCUUUUCCAAGGAGAGCACCCCCACCGGGGUUCAAAUCAUUCACCACAAUUCAUUCGACACGGAUAUGCAGAAGAAGCACUUCGUGGUCUGCUCCAACGUACCCCUCGAGCACAUCUCCAUCAUCACAAACACAGUCAUCGUUUUGCCAAAUGUAAAAACAACAGCCAUUUUAAAUAACCCCAAAAAUAUGCUGCUGUAUAGUAUGGAAUUAGAUAGGCUAGUAGAAAAGGGAAAUUUCGAACCGUUCGUUUUGACCAAAAUGCUCAAGUCCCUAAAAUGUGAGUUCUACUCAGUACUAAUAAAGCAAGCAGAUUAUUUGGAGGCCUUAAAAAAGUCACAAUGCUAUUCAUGUAACAUGAGAGAAAAGCAUUACGAACUUGUGUGCAAAAGAAACAACUGUAUUAACGACAUUGAAAAUAUUGAACGAAACAUUAACGCCAAGUCUCUUAAUUUGUAUGAAGACUUGGAGGGAAGAUUGGACGUCCUCAGGCAUUUCUCCUUCAUUGACGAGGACCAUAAUUUAACGGUUAAAGGAAAAAUAGCUAGCUAUAUUACCAUGACAGAUGAAAUUACCCUCACGCAAGUUAUCUUUGAAAACGUUUUGAAUAAUCUGAACCCACCCGAAAUAGCAGCUGUUCUGUCUUGCUUUGUUGCACCAGAAAAAAAAAUAGAAGAAUCACCAGAUCUUACUGUUAAUCUGCAGGACGUUAAAAUGGCCUUGACAAAUAUUCACAGCCAAUUUGAAGAAUUCUACAAAAUUAUUCGCUUGAAAAUCAGCUCGGAAGAGCACUGGAAAUUGUGCAGCUUUAAAAUUAUGUUCAUUGCGUACAAGUGGGCUCUCGGUGUUUCUUUUGCUGAACUCCUAGAGCAGUCCGAGUUGGAGGAAGGGCUCAUAGUGAGGUCCAUUUUGCGCUUGGACGACCUUUGCAGGAAGGUAAAAAUCGCCUUUCUGUACCUUGGGAACGUCGACUUGGCGGAGCGCCUCGAGACCACAUGCACUCUCCUCCGCCGGGACAUCAUUUUCAUGACGUCGCUUUAUUUGCAAUGA